AUGAAGAACAUCGCUAUUGCCUCUCUCUUUGUUGCUUCGGCAUCAGCCUUCCCUUGGGUUGUUGACCAGCCUGGCGUUGACAGCUCUCUGCUUGGACGCAAGGUCAGACGUCAGCAGCCUGGCGGAUACCAAAAUGGUGGUGCUGCCACUUGCCCUUUCAACUCAGACCACAAGGGUGCUGCACCAUACAACUCCAAGUACCCCUACAACGGUGCUCAGAACGGCUUACCUGGAAAGGGUGUCGGUGGCUACCAAGUGCCUGCUCCUGGUGAUACCGCACACCAGUAUGUGGCUCCUGGCAAGAACGACAUUCGUGGCCCCUGCCCUGGUCUUAACGCAGCUGCCAACCACAACUUCCUUUCUCACGAUGGUAUCACUACCUUCAACGAGCUUGUAGAUGCUCAGCAGAACGUUUACAACGUUGGAUAUGACCUGGCCACGCUUCUCGCAGCCCUUGGUCUUACCCUUACCGAUGGUGAUCUUGUCACCGAGAAGCUUUCCAUUGGAUGUGAUGCCACAACCAGAACCUCGUUCAGCCCUGUGCUCACAGGAUCCGAGCCUGGUCUCGACGGCCACAACAAGUUCGAAGCCGACUCAUCUCUUACCAGAGACGACUACUUCCUUGCUGAUGGAGACAACUACUCCUUCAACGGCACACUCUUCGGCAUGAUGCAAGACACUUGCCAGGGCAACUUCAACCGCGAGAACUUGUCCAAGUACCGCCUGCAGCGCCACACUCAAUCACUUGAGGAGAACCCCAACUUCUUCUUUGGUCCUUUGACUCUUCUUCUCUACGGAGCUGCUUCCUUCUUGUACGAGCUUAUGCCUAACGGCAACCACAACUACGCUCCUGACCUCGAGACCAUCUCUUCCUUCUUCGGUGCCGAGAAGAAGGAUGACGGUACCUGGGGCUUCACUGGCGGCGAGCGCAUCCCCGACAACUGGACCAACCGUGUUACCCCCUACUCCAACCUCGACGUCACCACCGAGAUUGUUACCAUGUACCUUGAGAACCCCGUCUUGUUCGGUGGCAACACUGCCGAUGGCAGCUUCGACGCCAUCAACUUUGGCGCUAUCAAGAACGGUACCCUUACGGCUUCAGUCAAUGGCCCAGACACUGCUUGUCUGCUGUACCAGCUUGUCACUGGUCAGGUGCCUAGCUACCUCAAUGGCUUGAUCACUCCUACUGUUGAUGCGCUUAACUUUAUCUCUAGCAAGGUCGCGCCUUCCUUCAAGAACUUGGGAUGUCCCAUUGCUCUUACCUAA